CGUCUUGCUAUGCUUUGACUCUUUCGCUAAUGUGUUUGUAUGAUGCGGGGAUGCUAGCUCUCCAAAGCCGCUACCCACUACACACUUGUGCACAGCAGCUGACGAGCAACAUGCUAUUGUAACGAGCUAAAUCUACUGUAGUCAGUAAUGAACUCGUCGACACUCGAUGCCUCCUAGUUGUGGGACGUAGUGACACGAUUUUAACAAGCGGCCUCAUUGUAGCUUGUUAUUAAUCAUGAAGGCCGGUGUGCAUUUUUAUUCUGGACAGUCAGGAGAUGUCAAAGUUGUUUUUCACAUCGUGGUUGGGGUUGUAACGGGAUAAACCUCAUUCUUGUACAAGAUAGGUGUGAACUGUUUAAAUUAACUUUCCCCCCUUUACAGGAGGCGUAACUAAUGAUAAAUGGUGUGAAUCCAGUACAAACGAUGUGGAUUCCAAAGCAGUGUAAGAAAGGCAUAAAAGCAGAAGGGAAGAUGCCAAAUAAAAAAGUGGGUCUAAGAGAAGGCAGAAAGGAAGGAAACAAGAAAACAGGUCUGCAAAGAAAGGUAGAAACUGCUGUGAUGGAAGAUACAUGCAUGCAUGAAUGCGUGAAUAAAGAACAAAAAGCAGGUGUGACAGGAGGUGGAAAUGAAGGGAGAAUGGCACCAAAUUAGGAUGGAGUAACUGAAGGAUGAUUGAUGCAGGAACAAAAAGCAGGUGUGAGGAAAGGAAGCGAAGAAGGAAGGAAUGAGGGCAGGAAGAAAAAGAUCCCCAAAUGCCGGUUUGCAUGCUGAUGGUGGGAGGCCAUGGACUGCUGCACUAGAAUGAGUGUGAAGGAACUGUGUGAGAUUGAUGACCUGGCCACCAGCCUGGUGCUGGACCCUCUCUUGGGCUUCACCACUCAUAAAAUGAAUAUCAGCCCCGCUCCGGAGGUGCGUCGCUGGGGCAACCUGAAGGAGACGCUGCUGCGCUUUCAACGCACACACGACUUCAACGCCACCUUCGAGGCGCUGACGGUGGGCGAGCUGGCGGGCGACUACUUCAACGCUUUGGGGAGUCACCGGCAGGAUCUACUGAGGCAGCACGUGAACCGCUACCUCAACGCCUUCCUUUUGGAUAGCGGCAUCCAGAUCGAGUCAUGUGACCGCUACUCCUCGGAGACCAACGGAGCCAAGAUUACCUCUACUCGACACUGGUUUGCGGGGGAGCGCGUGGAGGUCCUUCUGGGCUGCAUCGCCGAGCUGAGUCCGGCUGACAGCGCUGUGCUGCGGGCGGGCGUCAACGACUUCAGCGUCAUGUACUCCACGCGCAAACGCUGCGCUCAGCUCUGGCUUGGACCCGCUGCCUUCAUAAACCACGACUGCAAGCCAAACUGCAAGUUUGUCCCCGGUGAGAAGAACGGCGCUUGCGUGGAGGUGAUUCGACCCAUCUCGCCUGGGGAGGAGAUCACGUGCUUCUACGGUGCCAGCUUCUUUGGCGAGGGCAACGAAAUGUGCGAGUGCUGCACCUGCGAGAGGAAAGGGGAAGGUCAUUUUAAACACAGAGGGAAGCAGCCGGAAUGCGAGGAAACAAAAGACUCCGUGGGCCAGAAGUACCGCCUCCGGGAGCGAUACCUUCGGCACCAGCGAGAGAAGGGACACUUAAACUCCAGGCCUAUUAUUUCAGGAUUACAUUCAGCUAUCCCCUCGAGGAACUCUUUCACCCAUCAGAUGCGGAAGAACGCCCUUAAAAACCGAAAGUGGGACCAGACAAAUAAGUGGAGGCUACAGAACCACAGACUUGCGAGACCCAGUGAAGAGCAACGAACGCUGCCGCUAUUGUCACAGUGCGUGAUCCGGGACCUAAGGAUUAGGGUGCGGCGCCACUCGCUGGACUUUUUGCUUGUCUGCAAGGAUCCUAAAAGCAAAGAGAGGGCCCUCCUGCAGCAGCUGGAGUUGGUGAAACCAAGGACAACCACCAACGUGAAGCGUUUCUCGCUAGGUCGUCUUCAGAAGAACAGAGUUCGGGUAGGCCCAAAUGGAAAAUCUGUCAGAGGGGUUCCCUUGAGGAGCUCGUCAAGAACCAGAAGCACGGAUAGGGUCGACCCGGACAAAACCUCCAUCACAAAAAAGCAAGAGAGCAAGGAGCAAGAGAACUUAGAACCCAGCGUAUGUCAGACUGCCCCGGCCCCUUGUAAGAAAAUUUCAGACAAACCAGUAGUGUCACUCAAGCAAUACCUGACCGUCCGCCUGACUCGAAUCUCAGCGCCUUGCGAAGAGGCACCGGGAGUGAGUGUUGACAACCGGGACAUAAGGGAGGAGCUGAGAGGGAAGAUGAGGCAGAUUCAGGGCCUCAGACCACUGAGCACACAGAAAUCCCAGCAGAGGCAGCGACCACCAUCCCAGAUUACGCCGGGCCACUGUGCCGCCGAAGCCCCUCGAGGAGUGCGGGAAAUGUUCUUUAAGGCCAUUGAUCAGGGAACACUACGGAAGCGGCACGCCUCAAAAGAGGCAGUGGGUGACUCCUCUCAUCUCGAGGAAGGCGGGAAGAACAAGGUUAUUGAAAUCCAGACAAUAACCGAAGAGGGUACACAACCAGACAAAGAGAAACCGGAAGAACACAAAAAGAAAAGAAAUGCCACAGCCACUGAAUGUAAAACCAUGUCCGGUGUAAAAACGAGCCAACAGAAUAACUUGCAGGGUGUUAAAUCUCCAAAUCCAGGUGAGGUUGUUGUUUCAGAACCGUUAAAUUGCACUGCAAAUAAACCAGUACACAAUCCAAGCAAUGACAUAAUCAUAAAGCAGGCCAAAGUCCUCUUGUCUGAUUUUUUGAAGAACGAUAAAGCUUCAGUAGUCAAGCAACCACAUGGUGAUAGUUCCCCCUCAAAUGCAAGAGAAAUCCAUGCAGGCAGCCAUGUGGCAGCAAGACGGAAUGGCGGGCGGUGGCAGAAAAGCCACAGAAGAAUAAAGACGAAAGCCGAGCUGAAAUCCAACAGCACAGAAAACGGUUUAGUCCCCACUGUGCAGAAUCCAACCCAGAUCGUGGAACCGGAGGCAACCUGUCUCAACACACUACCUCUCCAGUCGCCUAUUUCAUGUGCCAACAUGUGCCAGACCACACAGCACCUUGACGCCAUGCAGUCCAAUAUACCUCUGAAGAAGCGGACGUUCCGCAGUGCUGUGGAGCCGGAGCAAGGCGUAACUGCUGCUUCUGCCACUAGCCGGAAGGAGGUUUCCGACCCGUCCUCAAGGCAGGAACUGAAUCGUCAUCCAGAAAAGAAUAUCAAACAUGACAAAAAAAGCAAAAGGACGCGAGCAAAAGUCCGGGGGGUGAGCUCCAGAAGAGUCACAAGGCAAAACGUGGGUAGGGUGCUAAGGCCUCGAGUUAUUGAAACUCCUCAGAGUCGAUUGAGGAAAGUUCACACGUUUAAAUCUGAGAGGAAAGAUGAGAACAGCAACCAAGAGACAGUUCAGCUCGACAGGAACCAUCAGACGACGGAUGAGCAAGAGAGAGACUCUCAGAAGGGAACGUCAGCUUUGGAACAAAGUGAUGUUGAGGAGACAAAGCCAGAACUUAACUUCAGGAUUCGUUUCAAGCGGAGAAGAGGGAAAUUGUGGGAGAUGCAGAGCAACGAGUUGGGCUGUAUGGUCAAAAAGGAGGAGGAACUCAACAACGAUCCGCUUAAAGCCAUCAUGGAUUCAGUGUCUGUGUUGAGCAUGGAGAUGCAGGCGGCUCAGGCCCAUGUGCAGGCCAGUAAGAAGUCCAAAAGCAGACUUCUUCGCCUGAAAAAACGGGGCGAGAGGAAGAAUGCGUCCACAAUUUCGGAGCUGGACAGAGAAGAGAACAAAGAAAAAACAGACGGGAGGAUUCUUUCUGGUUCAAGCCCUCAGUUGGACAAAAGUGAGACGUCAUCUUUUGUCCGUCAAACGAAAACGGAAGAUGGGCUCGCUAGAAGCUGCUGCAUGUUUGAUCGUGGGUCGCAGCAGAAAAUGGAGUCCAAUUUGGAUUUUAAAGGUGUUCCUCUGCCGGUUCUCAAAUUGCGCAGAAAAGUGAAGGACAUCUGGGAGGUGGACGACACGGAUGAGAGGCAGGACCAGUCCGAAGUUAAAAUGGAUACACCAGUGAAGCGAGAGGUACGAAGUCCCCCUUUAGUCCAGCAAAUACCAGGACUGCUGGAUUUAAGCAAGGUCCGAGAGGAGCCACCACCGUUGACUCAGAAGUUGAACUGUCACUCAUUGCUCCAGAAAACUGAAGCGCUGCAGAUGUCGUUGUCACUGUCGCCACUUUCCCUGUCUUCCCCGCAAAGCGAGACCCCAGAGAGCGCGGUCGCAGCGAACAUAACUGCUGAGCGACUGGAAACCUGCAGCAGCAGCAGUGGUGGCAGGAAGCAGCGGCACAAAAUGGCGUCCAAGUGUGGCCCUGUGGAGACACCCGCGAGCUGCCUCAGCCAGUCCCUCCAACAGAUUGACAACAGCCUCUCCAGGCUCUCUGAGGGUCUUUGCUCAUCACAGAUUUUGGAAAAGACAUCCGCCUUGUCUGGAAUUUCCAGUUCCAUCAUCCAGCCUCAGUCUCAAUCUCCACCGUUCCCAACUGCGGACAACAUUCUACCGGGCGAGCCCAACUUCGCAAACUGCUGCGACGACCUCCUGGACUUCCAGUGUCUCAACUUUGAAGGCUAUGAUCAGCCACAGAACAUUCUCGACUCAUCGCCCUCCGAUCUGUGUUCACUGGAUCCCCCCACAGACCCCUUCAGUAGCCCACUCUCGCACAGCCCCUCGGACACGUGGCCCACUGAGACACCCUACCUCGGCUCCCCGAGUCCCGGCAACAACUUCACCAGUGAUGAUCUCCACUUCUUCCCCGCUCUGCUCACAUCCAAGAAUGAUUCUGUUCCUCUGGACUGUGAGGCAAAGAGUGCCUCUGGCAAAAUCCCAGCCCAAGCAGGUUUCAGUUUUUCAGCGUUCACCAAUACCGAACUGGCGGGAAAGGACCACCUUCUCAGUAAAAAUCCCGGAAUGAGGGUGUCCAGAGAGGACUUCAAAUAUCAUUCGUCAUCCGCGGUUAGCAAACCUCGCCUAUUUGGCACGCCUGCUGUUGUGUCUCAGACUACUCUUCCUUCAGCACAGCCCACCCUGAAUGCCAAACCAAGCAGCAGCCAGUCGAGAGCUACAUCCAACCUCAAAACCAAUGGACCCUUCCACCGCAUGUCAAUUUCCAAACAGCCCCAGUCUUUUCCAAACUGCCAGCCUACUGCGCAGCGAGGCGUCCCCCAGAUGAAGCCUGUCCUGGCGUCUCCGAUGGCCGGUAAAUUCCUCAAUCCUCAACUCUUGGCUGGAAGAAAUCCCAACCCCUUCCCUGACAAUCCCUUCAACAUUCAGGAGAAGUCACCCACUGUGAUCCACAGGGUUGUUAAAAUUCAGGGUGGUAACCCAAGCCAGAACUUGUACAGUGUUCCCUCCAAAGACCAUGUGGCUGCCGGCGGCCACUCUACAUCUAAAACAUUCGGAACAAAAUCCACCGAAAACACAAGUGAGGACCCGCAGAGUCAUCACAAAGGCACUCAUUCUGCUCAGAACCUAAGCUAUUUUGCUCCUUCCGUUAACCCCAGCAGGUCCAGCGUCUAUUUCAACAAACAUGGCUCAUCCUUGCACCCGUCAUUCAUCCGAAGUAAACCAGCCUCCGAUAAGCAGGACGAUACCACUUUGACGUACAAAAACUUCUCUGCGCUGCCGAGACCUUUCUUCUUCCCCAGUAAAGACGGUUAUUCUUUCCCACAGGAGAAAAACUCCAAACAUGACAAAUCCACGCCGCUGGGCUCUGACAAGAACCAGCCGUGUUACCCUCAGCAGGAUCCAUUUGAUUUUAGCUUCACGUCGUCGCUUUCUCCAAUGUCACAUCACAGCAGUCCUCAAGUGGCCCACAGUACGCCGCCCGGCACACCGGCAUCGGUCGGCAAGAGCCACCCGGCAGCCUCCUUCUCUUAUGGACCACAGGGACCCCCUUAUGUACUCAAUUUCAGCGGCGACCACUCGUUGACGUUGGGUCUCAGGGAUGGGCCCGAAGGUUACCCGGGACUCGGCCCCACAAACUACACCUACCAUUGCUUGAUGGAGCCGUCUGGCACUCAGGGGCGGCUGGUCCUGGAACCCUGCGGUUCUCAGGCAUCCAACCAGCCCCCGUUUUCCAUGGGUACCUUCUCGGGACACAAAGGGGGUCCGGAUGAACACCUAAAGAAGGACGCUCACCACCAGAACCACCCAGGCGACCACCAGGACAUACCGCACUAUGGACCAACAUCUCACUCAAUGGGCCCUACCAAACCCAAGCGGGUCAGGCUGGUUGUGACGGACGGAACUGUGGACUUGGACCUCCAAUACUCUGACUGAUACACAGGAAUACACUGACCUGUUUUUGCAAAACUAUUUUGAAGGUCUCUUAUUUUUCCGUCAUUGUAAUGAGCCUGGAAGACACUUUGAUUUGAUGACCAAAUUGAUGUUGAAUUGUAUUGGCGACAAGUCACAGAUGCGGUGUCUGGGGCAUGCGACUGGUGUGCUGGGCUUUUAACGGGCAUCUUCGUGCCUCCGUCUUUCCAAUCAGACUUUUUGAAAUCUUCCACUUUUUAUACCCCCGAUAAUCUUCCUUUCUCACUGUUUGUACGCGUGCGUAUGUGUUUUUAGUAGUUGAGCGGUUGCUAUUGACUGCUGCGAAGCUGUCAUGUCUCAGAGUGGAAACUUCAGACGUUUUUAUUGUUGUCUGAAAGCUACCUAAAAUUUCAUGUGAAAUCCGGUCAAAAAUUCCCAAUAAUGUGGUAGCAGCAUCUGUGUCCAUGUGUCACUAGCCCCUUUCGCACUGUCAGAAUACUUCCCUCACUUUUCUGUGAUAAUGGUACGGAAAAUGGAUUGGAAGUGUUGGUUGAACCUCCAAAUGUUCCCGACGUGUCGGAGGUAGGAUGGGCGCUGUCUGAAAAUGGGUAGCCGACAGCCAGAAUGGGAUUUUUGAAAUUAAACAGCCACUCAUUUCUCCCAGCCUGUUGUGGUGUUUGAGAACUAUUAUUUUCAACAUCACACCAGAUGCCAGGGUGCCAAGUGUUAGAUGAGAAUUUUAAAGCCUCUAUUCGAGCUUUCUGUGAUGCCCUUUCAAACACUCCCCAAUCUGUCUCUGCAAAUUGGUUUCAUUUCAGUGCGUUUGAUGCAAUGCCGGGGUUUACGUGGCUUCCCCACAUGCUUUUAGGGGCACGGCAGAGACGGCACGUUGUCUGUGUGUGAAAGGGGGAUAGUGGACAUAUAGCAUGGAAGUUUGAAGUCUGAACACCCGACACUCACCACUCCUGCCUUGUUUUAGUGAAAGCAGCCGUUGCUGUCUGUCAACAGUUUUAUACAUCACACCAUAUGCCAAGUAAAUUUGAAUUUCACAUUGCCUCUGCCCCGCCCGAUGCCCCUUACACAUCAAUUUUAAUAUAUCACGCUGAUCAGUCUUUUUGACGCAGGAUUGAAAAUAUCCCAACUCUAGUGAGUUCUGGUGCAAAAAGAUGCUUCGGUUCAGUCACAGAUACCCCGAUCUUCCAGAAACUGUGAAAAAGGUGGGGUGAUGACAAGCUCGUAAAUGAUGAAAAACGGUUCCUUGUAUAUCUUGUCGUUAUACUUACAUGACGUUCAGUUAUGGCUUUUAAGUUUUAAGACUUUUGUAUAAAAUUUAAUGAACUGUGGAAGGUCCGAUGUCAUCCACAGUCAAGCAAAUAAUUUAUCUUUUGAGGAACAAACGGUGACAAUCUUUCCACUGUGUGAGUGUUUGUCAUCUUUUCAAACGGUCGCCCGUGUCAUCAUGAUUGUCGUGUUUCCAUGGCAGCCUUACAUCCCAGUGUAUCGUGUAUUUAUUUGAAACUUGGCCUCUUCCCGGUCCCGGUUUUAAAACGAAAUGGUGCUUGAACCUAAUUUAUACUUCACCUUGAUUGUUGAUGGGACAAAAUGUUUUACUGUUAUUUAAUGGGACGAAAACCUUAUUGAGCAGGAUACAGAGAUGACAAAUAUAUAUAUAUAUAAAUAUAUAUAAAUCUAUAGUAUAAGACUUGUAAUGACUUUCUCAUCAGCUGUUGUAAAACUUUAUAUUAGCCACCUCCCUUUUCCAAAUCCCCUUUUCCUAGAAAGUGUUAGUCUUACUAAAAAGAAAAAAGUUUGCUGUAGAAAUGUAUAAAAUGUAGCUUGUAUUAUUAAAGACUCUUAGUGCUUUUCAUAUUU